AUGUUGGUCAGCCCAGGCAAGCCUGGUGAAUACAGUAGGCCCGGCCACAUCUCCACCACCUCGCUCCACAGACGCGAUGGAAUGUCCAUGGACCGACCUGCUGCCAUGAAGAAGCUCGAAACGAGACGAGACGAGACGCGAUGCCUAUGGAAUAUUAACGCAGCGCUGGACGAUAUCCAAGGCACAACUCAGCCGUCAGUGCAGUUUGACGUCCGGCUCCCAGCGGCACCAUUGCAUCCGCCCCCCCCCGCAGCCGCCCUCCAUAGAGAAGGACAGGACGCUGCGGCGCUAAAAGCUAGCGGCCUAGCGCAGCAGACGCCCUCCAAAUCCAGUAAAUUUGAGCUGCGUGUGGCGCCUAGCUUGCUUGCUCAGCAGGCACCUCGUGCUAGCAGCAGCAGCGCAGCACAGCACUGCUAA